CGUGCACUAUGGCGCAUCGUCAUAUAUAAGGUAAAAACAGCAGCUGUAAAGGCCACAAGUGUUGCCAUAGUUGGCGCGCUAUGGAUUGCAGUGUGGGGACGGUGCAGCGUGAAAAGUACUGUAAAUUGAGUGAAGUUGGGAACUGCAGUGUGCCUUCCGCUGGAUCAACGUGUUGUUGUUUUCGUCAAUGCAUUGAAGCCAGCCAUGCCUCUUAGCAAUAACCUUGUGUUCACCGUAGCAGUUCACUUCGUGUGCCUCUGUGCAGUUGGCAUACCCGUCCUCAUCCUUUUCUUGGCUGGCAAGCCAUUCAAGCGUGGAUUUUUCUGCGAUGAUGAAUCGUUGAGGUACCCGUACCGUGAUUCCACGGUCACUUCUCCCAUGCUCUAUGCCUAUGGCAUUCUCAUACCUAUCACUGUGAUGGUUGUGCUUGAGGGAACACGAGCCAGGAUGCGUGUGCACGAGACAGUCAUCACAAGCAAGAAGCUUCUGCUCCGCUGGCCAGUGCCCCCGGCAUUGCAGGUCCUCUACGUGAUGAUUUGCGUGUUCCUGAUGGGGGCAGCGACGAGCCAGCUCAUAACCGACAUUGCCAAGUACACCAUUGGGCGCCUGCGGCCGCACUUCUUUGACUUGUGCCAGCCUCUUAACCUGAAGGCCCUGUGUUCGAAACCAUACACCUACGUGGAAAACUUUACCUGCGGUGGCAAUGCAACCGAACACCAGCUGAAGGAGCUACGGCUCUCGUUCAUGUCGGGGCACUCGUCUUUCUCCGCCUACACCAUGCUCUAUGCAGUGCUGUACAUCCACGCACGACUGCCGUGGCGCAAUUCCCUGGCCGUGGCAGCUCGCACGGUUGUUCAGGUGGCGCUGCUGUCACUGGCCUGGUACACGGCGCUCUCUCGCAUCUCCGACUACAAGCAUCACUGGAGUGAUGUGCUCGCUGGCACCGCCCAAGGCUACCUAGUUGCCAUCAUCGUGGCCUGGGGCAUCGCACCACUGUUCAACAGCAAGUACAUGGUCAAGCCGACUGAGGGAGGAACCACUUCCCCCGAAGAAGAGCUUUUGCGUGAAACGCCCAGUCGUGUGGCAUCAGCGUAGUGGAAGAGUGCGACUGUCUCACCAUUCCCCCAUUGUGGGACCCUGAUAUUCACCAUCACUCAUCAUCCUCACCACUUUUUUGGACACUGUUGUACGCUGGCUUGAUUUGUUUGCUGAAUGCUUUUGUACUUCCUUGCUGCUGCUUUUGCAUGCCUUACACUGCAUGAAACAUGCAAAAAGUGCGGUGACUGUUUCGUGCAACGUUAUUUUCAUUCUUCGGCACAGUCAUCUGCAUAGACCAGCCACCAGGUGCACCGAUAGACGUCAAACUAAGGUCAACAUUCAUUGCCACACAGUAACUCAGGGUCCUCAUUCAAGGCCUUAAAAAGCCUCUCAAAUGUGUCACAUAUCUUAACUAGAAUACAGUAGACUAAGCAAAGGGAAAUCUCUUAAAUAGAAAUGCUGCUCAAAUGCGACAACUUCCUCUAAUAUGAUUGGUGUCAGGCUAGUACUCUGCACACUUCUUGAUUGAUCCGUAAACGGAGCUCCUGUUAAACGGAACAUAUUUUCGUGGUCCCUACAGGGUCCAUUUAAUGAAAAUCUGCUGUAAUAUAGUGACUGUUGGGGGGGGAUGAACUCUCAAAACCACGACAUGAUUGUGAGAGAAGGUGACAAAAAUUUUGACCACCUGGUGUUCUUUGGCACGCGCCUAAAUCCAUAGGUCAGCAAAAGAAAAUAGAACUCACUCAGACGCACUUAAGAAAUGCAUCUUCUUCUUUGGACUCACUUGAACUCACCAAAUUCCCGAGCCGAGCUCACAUUCACGGACAUUUUUCUUCAACUGGACCCACUCGGACUCGCCAAAAUAUUACUCAUCUUGGCUCUCUCAGAUUCGGACUCGCGGCUCGAUCCGAGACUGAGAGAGUCCGAGUGAGUCAACUCAUGAGUGAGUUCGUUGACCUGUGCCUACAUUUAAGCACAUGAGUGAUCAACAUUUCGCCUCCAUUGAAACGUGGCCACUGUGGCCAAGAUUCAGUCCCGAGACCUUAGGUUCAGCAGUCAGUCACCAUAACCAGACCAUGGCAGGUUUUUUUUGGAACAAGUUACGCAGUGUGUGCAGACAGCCGUGACAAACAUCUUUCGUGACCACGAUCGAGCAAUGCAGCUUGGUCAAACCCCAAAUGUACUUUUUUCAAUACGUGUUU